GGAAGAAGCAUGCGAUAGACGUAAUACUGGUGCCUACUUCAGGUUAGACGUUUCACCCACGUUAUGGACACGAAAUUCUCGAGUGAAGAUUAUGAUCAAGGGCCAUUGGCCCACAAUCAACAAAAGUUCAAUGAUAGACUCGUUAGGACACCUGAUGACCAUCAGCAAUUUGAGACACUUGUACGUUCAACUACAUCAACUGAUCACCAGUGUCAUCCACCUCCUGCAGUUAAAGACAGUCUUGCUGAUGACGUCGGACAUUCACACACAGUCGUUAAUUUUAACAUAAGGAGAGACAGAAGCCGCGAGAUUGACACCAAACCAUUGUCGAACGCUUGGAAAACAGCAUUAGGCGUUGCAUCAACUCACUCGACCAUGAAUAAGGAACGAAAGAGACUCGUUCGAAAGGGCCCAAAAAUUGUCGAAAGGCCAGUCCGUGCGCUCAUGUGCUUGAACUUGAAGAACCCUCUUCGGAAGUUAUGCAUUGAUAUAGUAGAGUGGAAGCCUUUUGAAUAUCUCAUAUUGUUGACCAUAUUUGCCAACUGCGUCGCAUUAGCUGUGUACACUCCAUAUCCCAACAGUGAUUCUAAUCAGGUUAAUCAUUAUUUGGAAAAAGUAGAAUAUGUUUUCCUGGUGAUCUUCACAAUUGAAUGUAUCAUGAAAAUUAUAGCCUAUGGGUUUUUAUUCCACCCAGGUGCUUAUCUACGUAAUGCAUGGAAUGUACUCGAUUUUAUUAUAGUAGUAAUAGGUAUCAUUAGUACAGCCUUAUCCACCUUUUUGAAGGAAGGUUUUGAUGUCAAAGCCUUAAGAGCAUUCCGAGUUUUAAGACCACUUAGAUUAGUAUCUGGAGUCCCUAGCCUACAAGUUGUAUUGAAUUCCAUUCUUCGUGCCAUGGUGCCUUUACUUCACAUUGCUCUUCUAGUCAUUUUCGUUAUCAUCAUCUAUGCCAUCAUCGGGCUUGAACUGUUUUCAGGAAAAAUGCAUAAGACUUGUUUUGAUAACAUAACAAAGGUGAUUGGACUGGAUGAUCCCCACCCUUGCUCAGUUGGAUCAAGUGGCUUCCAUUGUAGUGAAUAUAAAGAAAAUCUUGUGUGUAGAGAAUACUGGGAUGGCCCAAACGAUGGAAUCACAAACUUUGACAAUUUUGGCCUUGCCAUGUUAACUGUAUUCCAAUGUGUGACAUGUGAAGGAUGGACAGAUGUUCUGUAUGAUAUAAAUGAUGCUGUGGGAAAUGAAUGGCCAUGGAUCUAUUUCUUAAGCCUCAUCAUCAUUGGUUCUUUCUUUGUUCUUAAUCUUGUGUUAGGUGUACUAAGUGGGGAGUUCACCAAAGAAAGAGAAAAGGCUAAAGCAAGAGGAGAUUUUCAUAAACUUCGAGAAAAGGAACAAAUUGAAGAAGAUCUUCGGGGUUAUUUGGACUGGAUUACACAAGCAGAGGAUAUAGAUCCAGAUGAAAAUGAAGGAAGUGAAGAUUCAAGACAUGAUGUUUAUGUGUUCAAGCACAAUGAUGUAGAUAUUGGAGACAAGAUAGAAGGGGAAACUAACAGUGUAGACAACUUAAAAAACCCAUCUUGGUGGGCAAUCAGAAGUAAACAGCUAGCAAAACAGAACAGAAGAUUGAGAAGAGCUUGUCGUAAAGGGGUGAAAUCACAGGCUUUUUAUUGGAUUGUCAUUGUCUUAGUUUUCUUCAAUACAUUUACACUUGCAUCAGAACACUACCAACAACCAGCAUGGCUUGACAGUUUUCAAGAAGUUGCCAACAUGUUUUUUGUGGUGCUCUUCAGCUUAGAAAUGAUACUCAAGAUGUACAGUUUGGGGUUCCAAGGCUACUUUGUCUCUCUCUUCAACCGUUUUGACUGUUUUGUGGUUAUCAGUUCUAUCAUGGAAAUGGUCUUAACAUAUACUGAUGUCAUGCCUCCUCUUGGGGUUUCUGUGUUACGAUGUGUUAGAUUGCUAAGAAUCUUCAAAGUUACAAAAUACUGGGCAUCUCUUAGAAAUUUGGUAGCUUCACUUAUCAACUCCAUGCGUUCCAUCGCAAGUUUACUACUGCUGCUGUUUCUGUUUAUUGUAAUUUUUGCACUUCUGGGUAUGCAAGUUUUUGGUGGCAAAUUCAAUUUUGGAGAAGCAGAAGAAAAACCACGCAGCAAUUUUGAUUCGUUUUGGCAAUCUUUGUUAACAGUUUUUCAGAUUCUGACUGGGGAAGACUGGAAUGUUGUGAUGUAUCAUGGUAUUAAUGCAUAUGGUGGGGUUGGCUCUGUUGGUAUUUUGGCUUGCAUAUACUUCAUAAUACUCUUCAUCUGUGGUAACUACAUUCUCUUAAAUGUAUUCUUGGCUAUUGCUGUGGACAACCUGGCUGAUGCAGAGAGCCUAACUGCUGUUGAAAAGACGAAAGAAGAUGUUUGUGGCAAAGGUAUGAAAAUGGAAAACUUUUUAAUGAAGGAGGAAGCAGAAGAAGUUGCUGAAGUACGAACACAAGAUGUAGUUGAGGAUGAAGAGCGAGAAGACAGAAAACCAGUAGAAAAGAAGAAGAAAAAGAAGAAAUUAAUAGAUGAAGUAGCAGAGGAAGAAGAAAUUGAACAGCUAGAUACAAAUGACACUUCACAAAUGAAUCAUAUUCCUCUUUUCAGAUCUUCCACGGACGUUCUUGAUAAGUCUACACAGGUUUGUAAUAAAGUGGAUGAUGAUUCCCCACUAAAUAAUGAACAAGGGAAGACAGAAGAGGAAGAUGGUGAAGGUGAAAAUGAUGAGGAAGAAAUGGAAGAUGAAGAAAAAGUAGAUUUAGAAUCGGCUGCAAUUUCCAUUGGUGCUCAUCCAAGACGUCUUUCUGAACUCAACAUCUCCAAAAAUGUUCAUCCUAUUCCAAAAGCCUCUUCCUUUUUUGUUUUCUCUCAUACAAACAGGUUCCGAGUCAUCUGUCAUCGUAUUAUAAACCAUUCACUCUUCAGCAAUAUUGUUCUUGCUUGUAUUCUUAUUAGUAGCACCAUGUUAGCUGCAGAAAAUCCGCUUAAUUCUAAUUCAGAAAGAAAUAAAGUCCUCAACUAUUUUGAUUAUUUUUUCACAACUGUUUUUACAAUUGAAAUUACUUUGAAGGCAGUUACAUAUGGUGUCAUUCUCCACAAGGGUUCUUUUUGUCGAAGUGCCUUCAACCUGUUAGAUGUUCUGGUUGUUUCAGUAUCCCUCAUAUCAUUUGCUUUUGACAAUGAAGCCAUAUCUGUUGUCAAAAUUCUUCGUGUCCUAAGAGUAUUAAGGCCUUUAAGAGCUAUUAACAGAGCUAAGGGACUUAAGCAUGUAGUUCAGUGUGUCAUUGUAGCAGUAAAAACUAUAGGCAACAUCAUGUUGGUGACCUUUCUUCUAAAUUUCAUGUUUGCUGUCAUUGGAGUACAACUUUUCAAGGGGAAGUUCUUUUCAUGCUCUGAUCCAUCAAAAAUGACGAAAGAAGAAUGCGAGGGAGGAUUUUUAAUAUAUCAAGGAGGGGAUAUAAGUAGCCCUGUGCUGGAGCAAAGAGAAUGGCAGAAAAAUGUCUUCAAUUUUGAUGAUGUUUCUCAAGGCAUGCUGACACUAUGUACUGUAUCAACAUUUGAGGGUUGGCCACUAUUAUUAUAUGUAGCCAUUGAUUCCAAUACAGAAGAUGUGGGACCCAUUCAUAAUUAUCGACCAAUGGUAGCUGUGUUCUUCACUGUGUAUAUUAUCAUUAUCGCUUUCUUCAUGGUGAACAUCUUUGUUGGCUUUGUUAUCGUGACAUUUCAGAAUGAAGGAGAACAAGAAUAUAAGAACUGUGAGUUAGAUAAGAAUCAAAGAAAUUGUGUUGAGUUUGCAUUGAAGGCUAAGCCAGUGAGGCGUUUUAUUCCCAAACAUCAUCUCCAGUACAGAAUUUGGUGGUUUGUUACUUCUCAUUACUUUGAAUAUGCCAUCUUCAUCUGUAUUAUGAUCAACACCUUGUCAUUAGCAAUGAAAUAUCAUAAUCAACCACAUACAUACACCAUGGCCUUGGAUGUCCUUAACCAGAUAUUCACAGCAGUGUUUGCUCUUGAGUUUGUUUUGAAAAUGAUGGCUUUUGGAUUCAAGAACUAUUUUGGUGAUUCUUGGAACAUAUUUGACUUCAUCAUUGUUCUUGGAAGCUACAUUGAUAUCAUUGUUGCUGAUUUAAAUCCUGGUACCAAUAUCAUAAGCAUAAACUUUUUUCGUCUAUUCCGUGUAAUGCGUCUUGUGAAACUACUAAGCAGAGGAGAGGGAAUCAAAACACUACUGUGGACUUUCAUAAAGUCUGUUCAGGCACUGCCUUAUGUAGGUUUGCUCAUUGUCAUGUUGUUCUUCAUUUAUGCUGUGAUUGGGAUGCAGGUUUUUGGAAAAAUUGCCCUUGAUUCUGAUUCUGCCAUUCAUAGAAAUAACAAUUUUCAGACGUUUCCGCAAGCAAUUUUGGUUUUAUUCAGGUCUGCCACAGGAGAAGCAUGGCAGGAUAUCAUGAUGAGUUGCUCCAACAAGCCAACAGUGAUAUGUGAUUCUCGCUCUAAUACCCCUGGGACGUGUGGGAGUGACUUUGCUCUGCCUUUCUUCAUCUCGUUUUACAUCCUCUGCUCAUUUUUGGUCAUUAACCUUUUUGUGGCUGUUAUCAUGGAUAACUUUGACUAUUUGACUCGAGACUGGUCCAUCUUAGGUCCUCAUCACCUUGAUGAAUUUGUACGGCUUUGGUCUGAGUAUGAUCCAGAUGCCAAAGGGCGGAUCAAACACCUUGAUGUCGUGACUUUGCUACGGAAGAUCUCUCCACCUUUAGGAUUUGGUAAACUCUGUCCGCAUAGAGUAGCCUGCAAAAGACUUGUAUCCAUGAACAUGCCCCUGAACACUGAUGGAACUGUCAUGUUUAAUGCUACAUUAUUUGCAGUUGUUCGAACCUCUUUACGUAUCAAAACAGAUGGAAACAUGGAUGAAGCAAAUGAGGAGCUGCGAGCAGUUAUAAAGAAAAUAUGGAAAAGAACCAGCCCUAACUUGUUGGACCAAGUUGUACCACCUGCUGGAGUGGAAGAUGAUGUUACUGUAGGAAAAUUUUAUGCCACAUUCUUGAUCCAGGAUUAUUUCAGACGAUUCAAGAAAAGGAAAGACGAGAGAGAUCUUGGAAACUCUGAUAACGCUGUGGCUCUAACAGCUGGUUUACGUACAUUGCACGAAGUAGGACCUGAAAUCCGACGAGCUAUAUCUGGAAACUUGGAUGCAGAUGAAUUUGAAAAUACUUGGGACUCUGAACCAUUACAUAGGAGAAACCAUCCAUUUUUUGGAAAUAUGUGGUCUUCAGAAAGCAGAAAGCAACCUGACAGAAUACACGGCAAUUCAACAAACUCUCUUACUAAGGUUUUACCAAUGAAGCCUUACAUGCCAAGCCCAAAACAGUACUUAGUUUUGAACCAUAUCAGUCUGUCCAGGGAUGGAUUGGCUAAAGCUAGUAUGAGUGACCACUCAUCCCUUAAUGCUGGACAAACAUCGACCAAAGCACACUCCUACCCUGUAGCUGAAGUUGGUAACACUAAUCCUGUUGACUCACCAUCCUCAAGUAUGAGUGUUUUUGACUCUCCUGAACAUCCUGUAUGUCACCCACUAAUUUCCUCAUCCAACGACAUUUGCAGUACCUAUGAUCCAAGUUUGGAUGGAGAUGCUGUAGCUUAUCUACCUUACAGAUAUUCUUUUCAAACUCCACCAUUCCGGUCCACACGUAUCCAGCAACCCCGCCAGCCUUCUACUGUAAUAACUAGUCUCAGUUGCUCAAGUACAGAAAGUGUUGACUCCUUUCCUAACAUCAUGAUGCCAACCAUCAGACCUUCCCUUGCUGCUGACUAUUCCGUAGAGGACUCUGAUGAGCAGUUAGGUCCUAAACCUCCUACCCCUCCCCCACGAAAGUUCCUUAGAAGGGGUAUAGGUAGAGAUGGUAGUUUCCGUCCGUCUUGUCUCCGCAAGCAGGAUAGUAACGAACAUCCCAUUAGCACUGACUGUGGACCUGAAGAUCAUCAUCAGCAGAAUGGAUACAAUGACAAAAGUUCCUUAAAUCAUGUGGCAGCUUAUCUUAGGCAUGCUCAGCUUCCUGCCAUGGCAGUGGCAGGACUUGCCUAUGAUGGUGACAUACACCAAUCGACUGAUCAACAGAAUGACAAAGGGCAUCGUGAAGAUGGAAAACCUUACUACUUUUUAACUCACAAAUCUACCUAUUGUGGUUACCAACCUGGUGCUGUGAGGAAGAUUUGUGAUACAAACAGAUCUAUGGAAGUCAAAGGAAGUGCAGAAAAUCUUGUAGGGAGGGUAUUGCAUGAACAAGGUUUGGGUAAGUAUUGCGACCCAGAGUUUGUGAGAACUACUCAGCGAGAAAUAGCUGAAGCUAUCGACAUGACUCAGGAAGAAAUGGACAGAGCUGCUCAUCAGAUUCUUCUUCAAGCAGAACCAGAUUCUGCUGCUGGUGUUUUGUAUUGCUCUAAGAAUCAUUCAGAAUAUGAUCUUCUGGGAAAUUUACAGAGAGGUGACUGUAGUGAUGUAACCAAGGGCACAGAAACUGAAGUCUUAGGUUCGGCUUUAGACAUGAAUGCCUAUAUUUCUUAUCAAAAUGAGGCUGAUUCGUCUGUUAAAAUCAACUCUACAAGGAGAUAUGACAAAAGUAGAAAAUAUGACAAUACGACUUUAUAGCACUUAUAGCUUUAGGGUGGAAAUUAUUAAAGUCCGGACCUGGAGAUAUCCACUUGGAUUUGAGAAUUGUCACUGGUGCUUCCUGCCACGUGAGCUCAGUUUUGUAUUGUACAAUGUUGGAUAUUAUUCUUUAUGUGCUACACAUUAAUGUUUCAUCAAGUUUUGUUUAUCCAUGUUCUCUCUCUCUCUCUCUCUUCAUGACUCUUACUAUGGUGCUAUAGAGGGUAAUAAUUCCCAGUGCCUUCCCACAUCCCAAUUUAUAAUUUGUGUAUUUUUGAUGAAACCUCACUGCUGGAUGAAGUGUUCCAUUAGUGAACAGUAGCCCAGUUUCCUUUGGUCACAACUGUUUCUCAUACUCAUUGGACAUUUUCUUAUCUGCAAUUGUCGAUUAUGUUGGUGCAGAAAAGUUCUUGCAAGGACAUCAUGCCUUAUCAAGUAAAGAACUGCCAACAACUGGUAUCUUUGGGACUGAAAGAGGUUUUUAGCAUUUUGUAACUGAUGCUUUCUAAGAACAACAACAAUCAAGUCUAGGAAGAAACAUGCUUAAUAACGUUGUUCUAAAUGUAAAGUAAUAAAAUAAUAUUACAGUUAAAGACAAAUAUCCAAUAAAAUAUACAUCAGUAAAUCCAACAAAACAUUCACCAGUUAAACAACAACAACAACAGAUUAUGUAGUUUUUGAGCAGUUUUAAGGUUAGCUUGUAACUGGUUAGUAGGUUUUAGAAUAUUGAGAACAGAGGAAAUUUAGUAACAGAGAAAAUAGUACUAAGUGUGUUUUGAAUAAUAAGAAUAUAGAUACACCAGCAAAAGAGGGUGGAUAUUUAGUGUCCAGAAUAUGAAAAAUAAAGAUACAUCAUUGGAAAAAAAGUAGUUAAUUGACAUCUAAAGUAUGAGGAAUAAAGAUAGGUUAUUAAAAGAAAGUGAUUACUUAGUGUCCAGAAUAUGAAGAAUAAGGAUACAUCAUUGGAAAAAAGUAGUUAAUUGACAUCUAAAGUAUGAGGAAUAAAGAUAUGUUAUUAAAAGAAAGUGAUUAAUUAGUGUCAAAGUAUGAGAAAUGGAUACAUCACUGAAAGAAAGUGAUUAAUUAGUGUCAAAGUAUGAGAAAUGGAUACACCACUGAAAGAAAGUGAUUACUUAGUGUCUAGAGUAUAAAGAAUAAAGAUAUACUACUAGAAUAUGAGAAAUAAACAACACAAUAUCUUAAAAUGGUAAUAUUAAUAUUUAAUAUGGAAACAUCUAUCAUAUACAUUAUAUUAUA